AUGGGGAUGAAUGGUGUGAUGGGGAUGAUGGAGAUGAUGGUGAUGAUGGGCAUGAAUGGGGAGAUGGGGAUGAUGUGGAUGAUGGAGAUUAUGGAGAUGGAUGAUGGGGAUGAUGGAGAUGAUGGGUUGAUGAUUGGGAUGAUGGGGGUGGAUGAUAGGGGUGAUGGGGAUGAAGAGGGUGAUGGGGAUGAAGGGGGUGAUGGAGAUGAUGGAAAUGAUUGGUGUGAUGGGGAUGAUGGAGAUGAUGGGGAUGAAGGGGGGGGGGGUGAUGGAGAUGAUGGAGACGAUGGGGAUGAUGUGGAUGAUGUGGAUGAUGGAGAUGAUGAAGAUGAAGGGGGUGAUGGGGAUGAUGGAGAUGAUGGGAAUGAAGGGGGUGAUAGGGCUGAUGGGGAUGAUGGAGAUGAUGGUGAUGAAGGGGGUGAUGGGGAUGAUGGUUGUAAUGGGGAUUAUGGAGAUGAUGGAGAUAAUGGAUUUGAUGGGGAUGAUGAUGAUGAUGGAGAUGAUGGAGAUGAUAGGGGUGAUGGGGAUGAAGGGGCUGAUGGAGAUGAUGGAGUUGAUGGGGGUGAUGGGGAUGAAGAGGGUGAUGGGGGUGAGAUGAUGGAGAUGAUGGGAUGGGAUGAUUGGGGUGAUGGGGGGGAUGAUGGGGGUGAUGGAGAUGAUGGGGGUGAUGGGGAUGAUGGGAAUGAUGGAGAUGAUGGGGAUGAUGGGGGUGAUGGGGAUGAUGGGGCUGAUGGAGAUGAUGGAGAUGAUUGGGGAUGA